GGCUGGACGAGGGAGAGGAGCGGGAGAAAAAUCGAAGAGUGUGUGAGAGUGUGGGCUUCUGGAUUAGUCAUCCCUUGGUUGUCCUCUAUUUCACACUGUUUCGCCGACAACGUCCCAAAACUCAGGGGUUGUCUAUUUUUUAGUGUCUGUGCUUCGCCCUCGACUUUCGGAGUGCUAAAUUAUCAAGAUGUCUUCCGCCGAAGUUCUGGAUAUGAACGGCCACAACCAAAAUGGUCUACAUCACGUGAAAGAUUCGACCUCUUCGUCCUCGUCCUCGGACGAAAGUUCCUCCUCUGAAGAGACCAGUAAUACCACCUCGAGCAGUAGCCCCGCUGUGGUGUCACCCACCAAACCCCAAUCCAUCAUGGAGGAGAAUAAAAAGGGGGGUGGCUCGUUUAGCAAUGAUGGCGAACCUGAAUACAAACCCAGAAAGGUUCCUAAAAAACGCAAUAUCUCAGACUCGUCCGAAACUGAGUCCGAGGGUCCCGAUCAGGGCCAAGUUGGCGAGGAAGAUGACGAUGACGACGAUGAAACGUCAGAAAAGAGACCAAAAAAGGUAUUAACUCAGGAUGACAGUGAGGAAGUCAUCGAGGCCAAGACGUCCGAUUCCUCGUCCGAGGAGGACGAGAGUGAAAAAAAGGUGCCACCCGCCCCAUCAGUUCAUGACUCGGAUAGCGAAAGCGAAAUGCAUCCUCCGCCACCAUCGCAAGCCAAACAGGUCGAGCCUCAAAAACUCGUCGAGGCCAAAACGUCCAAUUCUUCUUCGGAGGACGAAAGCGACAAGAAGGUCCCAGAACCUCUCGCGGACUCGGAGAGUGAAGGAGAGAUGCCUGCUCCGCCACCACAAGCUACGCGUUCCGAUCCUACCAUUAUCGAGACCAAGCCUUCGGAUUCCUCUUCCGAGGACGAGAGUGAGGCUCCGAAACCUCCUCAGGACUCGGACAGUGAGGGUGACAUGCCACCUCAUCCAACUCAAACGGGGCAUUCUGUGCCACAGAUAACCGAAACCAAGCCACCAACUUCCUCAUCUGAGGACGAAAGUGACCAGAUGGCCACUCCGACGAUUUCCAAGGUAGAAACUACUCCUACCCAAGUGGACUCGAAAGAACCAGAGUCCGAGACAUUAAUAGCUGAGAUAGACCACUCCUCUUCUGAGGACGAGAUGGACAAAGCUGGUGCGAUCCGCACUCAGGGCUCUGAGAGCAAAGUCGAUUCAACUCCUUCUUCACCUAUGGAGCCAAAAAGCCCCGAGCCAGAGGUGAUCGAAGCCAAGACUUCAGAUUCCUCGUCCGAAGAUGAGAGUGACGAGAAGCCUUCAUUGCACACUCCAAAUACGGACAGCGAAGUAGGCAUCCCCGUUGUAACGUCAAUUCAAGCGACAAAAAGCCUCGGGCAACAAAUUGACCCAACAUUACAAAAUGACGGAGCUUCACAUAUCACAGAACAUAAGGUUUCUGAGGAGGCUAUCAACGAAAAAGAGAUAAGGCCGGAAACAGUUUCUAGCUCUGAGAAGCCUCCCCUUGCAGCAGAAGGAGUGGCAAUCGAGCUAGACUCUCCCAUCGAGGUUGCUAAACCUAUCCUAGUUGCUAGGAAACUCUCAUCAGAGGACCACCACACUCGGGAUUCGUCGGAUUCUUCCAAAGUUAUACCUUCAAGUGGAUCAUCGUCUCCUUCAUCUGACUCUGAAGCCUCUUCGUCAUCUUUCGAGCAAGAAAACGAACGGGAUCUGAUCAGUAAAGAAGAGGAAGAGCUAUCACCAAUUGUGGAAGAACCAAGCAGACUCCCCGAGGAGAAAAGCCUAGAUCAGGAACCUGCUCUCCAAGUCACCGACCCAUUUUCAAUCAUCUCCAUACCGAGAGAGCCACUUUAUCAAAAAGGUGAACUCCCGCCCUCUAUGCUCUCUCAUAUGUCGUCCAAUGUUGGAAUUCCAUAUGAGCAGCCAUUUCCUUCAAUGGUUGCUCAUAUGCCUCUAACAAGCGAAGUCGAGAUGAAGGACCCCAGUGAAUACACCUUUGUCGAGGAGGAAAAACCGUGCCCCUCUCCUUUGAUUGUGACAAACGAGCCAAAUGAUAUCAUGCAUGGAAAUGUUGAAGACAAAAUAGUCGAAGCUGAAAUGGACGACAAACAGCAAGCACUGCCAGAAAUAGUAAAGGAGGACCAGCCAGUUGAUGAAGAUCUUCCGGUUAAAGCUUCGCCAGCUCGGGUAAUCUCUUACGACAGUGAGGAAGACGAAUCUUUAAUAGAAAGGCCAUCAUACGAGGAGAAAACUGAUUCUUCCUCGGAAGAAGAAAAAGAACAAGAGCCACUUCAACAAGAUAAAGCUGAAGUCGAGCCAAAGAGAGAGGUUCAAUCUUCCUCUGAUUCGGAAUCCGAGGCUGAUAUGGCCAAGGAGGAAGGAGAUGAGUCGGACUCUUCGUCUACUGCUUCAAGCGCCCCAGAAGUUGUGGAACCUGAAACACCUGAGGAAGAGGUUGGGCCACAGCCUCCAACCCCUCCCCGUGAUCCUCCGGUUGUUCCUAUUCCCACUCCCAAGCCAAUGGCAGCCGUGCCUCCCAUGAUGGAAUCGAAGCCUGUUCCCACAAUCAUACCUCAAGAGACGGCCAAGCCUGUCCAGGUCCCUCCAACACCGCAAGAACCUCCUACAGCUGUUAUCCAACCAACCGUGCAACAACGGGUGGAAAAGGUCCCAUGCCAAGAGACGACACCUUCUGUACCCAAGCCUACGCAACGGGCCCCUCCUCGAGUGGAAAUUAAAGAUCCCUCCCCGGAAGAGGCCAAACCACCCCCAUCCAAUAAUUACAUGACCUCAUCUCAAAAUGAGGAAGUGGAAUUGAGGAACACCUCGCCACAGCUUUCAAAGAAGCCUCACCCGGGCAAAGGAGCGGUGUCCUCUGCCGUGAAAAACUUUUCAAACCGUAUGAGCCUUCCUGACGAGCGGCCUCCUCCAGUCAGGAGUCCAAGCCCAUCCAGCCUUCAACGCGCCAGUCUCACCAAGAUGUACACGCAGGCUAUUCAAAGUAACAAUGCAAACUCACCCGCAGAGUCUCCCCGACUGGACCGCAAGAAACCAGCCAAGGACAUUACUCAAAUCUACACACAAAGCAUUGCCCGUGCUUCGCCUCCCGUCAGUCCCAAGCCCGACAGGUCUAGGCCUGGCCGGGACAUCACUCACUUGUACACCGACAAGCUGGAACCAGCAUCAGCUGCUGGAACCACGACCACGCCUCCAGCAGAGAAGUUGAGUCCCAGAAAGCACAAUAUGGCGACCAAUGUGGAUCGCGAUGCCAUUCGAGAAGCUUACGAGGACGUUCGCUCCGACACAACCGAUACCGAGUGGUCCGUCUUCAAGUUUGAAGGCAACAAAUUGGGAUUGACGGCCAAAGGAAAGGGAUUCCCAGAAUUCAAAGCUUGCUUCGAAGAUGACGAUCGAGGCUUUGGUUACAUUCGAAUCCAGACCGGUGAUGAAAUGAGCAAACGUGCCAAAUUCGUUCUCGUGACUUGGGUUGGACCCGGAGUGUCAGUGAUGAAAAAGGCCAAGAUGUCCACCGAUAAGGCCCUAAUGAAGGACAUUGUUCAGAAUUUAUCGGUUGAGCUGCAACUGGAGAAUCACGCGGAAUUCAGUCACGAGUUGUUGAAGGUCGAGGUCGAUAAGGCAGCCGGAGCCAUGUAUGGAACGGGAGUCCGAGACCUGUGAUCGGUGUGUUCCUGGGCAUUGAUACCUUCUCAUUAUGAUGGAUUGUUGUUAGAGGGGGUUAGUGCUAAUGCGUCUCGAGCCCGCCCACCACCGCCUAUGUUCAGGCUGGGACAACAGAAAUAACACGUUUUUUGUACCUAUUCAAAACUGUAAUAUUGAACCACUCCCCUCGCCCCACGCCCCUUCCCCUACAAGAUUGACGAGCAUUUCAAAACUGUACCCUUCAAAUCAGUAGCUUUGGGUUGUUCUGGUUGCUUCCCUUCGGAUUCCAAUUCUUCAGAUAUGUGUUGAAGAUUGGUGCCUCCUAGUAUGUUGUUUUGGCAGUUUCAUGAAGAUAAAAGACAAUUAAGGCCUCUCCUUAUCGCAGGAAACCAUUGGCGUGAAGCACAUUGGCCGCCAACAAAUUCUGAAGACAAAAGCAAGCAUCCAAUCACUCUUAUCCGAAAGGUGAAAUGUGUUGGUUUCAUUCAGGUCAUACUGUAAAUACUGAAACGACUUUCUUUUUAUGCCCCUGGUCCCUCCCUACCUUUUGCUUCCAUUGCCACGUAGCAUAUCCGUACUAUUUAUAAAACUAACUGAUUAUUGGUUAUUUUGUGUUUUCGAAAAAAAAAAUACAUGGAUAAAAUAACAAUCUCGUGAACCGCAAUAAACACAGUUUCAACCAUAA